UUCUUCUUGGUCGGAUGCGAUAUAACUAAUGUCAACUUGCGGUCCAUCGCUCCUGCAUGCAAUGCCUUAUUACCUAAUCCGAUCAGCAUCGGCACGCCAUACUCACUCACUGGCCAUUCUUCAUGACGACAUUCGUCCCGUCCACCAUCUCUUCAACAACUAUCUUACCGCCAGUCGGAACAUCUACACACAUUCGCUUAUUAAGAACAUACCAAGAGAUUGCCUCUUCUUCACUUUUACAGCAGGUUAUCUUUACUUUCGCGAUCGACCCGAGCCGGAAUGGCCGAUAGACAGUACGACGUACCGGGCGACGACUUGAGCAGAUAUGGCGGUGCCACCUCUCAAAUCCCCAAGCUCGAGAUGGACGACGACCUGCAGCGUGUCCCGGGUCCAGAGCAGGUUGCCACUCCGCAACGACAGGUUGCCUCAUAUGCCUGGUACAACCCCCGCGGAUGGCCGCUGCGCACGAGGUUGAUCGUUGCAGCUGUGAUCAUCGUCGUUGUCAUCGGUGUCGUCGUCGGUGCGGUGGAGGGGACAAAGAAGGCACCGUAUCCGGAUUACCUGAAGCUGAACUACAAGUUGGUAGAUACGUAUUCGGGAAGCUCGUUUUUCAACCGCUUUGACUACUACUCUGGAGAGGAUCCGACCGACGGGUUCGUGCAGUAUGUCAACCGGUCGACGGCAACGUCGCUGAACUUGACCUAUGCCACCAGUGACUCCGUUGUCAUCAAGGUGGACACCGUAAGCAAGAAUGCGACGAACGGUCGGCAGUCUGUGCGGUUGGAGUCGAAGACCAGUUAUGAUAGCGGUCUCUUCAUCUUUGAUAUCAUCCACACACCGUAUGCGUGUGGUCUUUGGCCGGCGUUGUGGUUGACGGACACAUAUAACUGGCCGGUGAAUGGCGAGAUUGAUGUUGUGGAGACAAAUAACUUGGCGACCGAGGGAAAUGCCGUCACUCUACACACCACAGAAGGUUGCAAGAUGGAUGUUAAGCGGAAGGAGACCGGGACUCCGGAAUAUGUAACCUGCGGCAAUGAGACGCAUGGCAAUGCUGGAUGUGGCGUUCGAGGCACACCCAGCACAUACGGACCGGAGAUGAAUAAGAAUGGCGGUGGUGUCUACGCGUUGGAGCUGCGGGAUGCUGGCAUCCGAGCAUGGUUCUUCUCACGCGACUCCAUCCCCAGCGAUAUUGAUUCGAGCGGCGCACCCGAUCCAUCAACCUGGGGAACCGCGCUCGCCGACUUCCCCAAUACUCACUGCGACAUCUCGUCCCACUUCAAGAAUCAAAGUAUCAUCACAAAUAUUGAUCUGUGUGGACAGCUGGGUGCCAGCCACCAGUUCUAUACCGAGCAAUACCAUUGUCCCAAAACAUGCGAGAGUUUCGUUCGCAGCAAUCCCGGUAACUUCACGCAGGCAUACUGGGAGUUUAGAAGCUUUAAAGUAUACCAGGCUAGUUAGAUAGCGACGUUUGUAUAGAGCCUUAGCCGCAUUAUAGCGAUUGCUGAUCAUGAUAGUCAUGAUAGUGUUUAGUGAUGC